AUGUCUUUAUCUCGCUCCCCCUCCUCCUCUUUUGCACUCAAUCAAUCAACAACUGAACUCAACCACCGCCUUUCUUUAUCACACUCUCUGUCUCUCACUCUCCCUCUCUUUCUAUUUCUCUCUCUUUAUCUCUUUCUCUCUAUAUUUCCUCUUUGUCGCUCACGUUCUCUCGUUCAUUUACUAAUUGACUGUUCUUAUAUGACCGUAAAAUAUACAUCUAUCUAUCUAUCUAUAUUGUUGUGGAUUCCGGCUAUGGACUUAUUGUUAUACACUCGUCUAUCUAUCUAUCUAUCUAUCUAUCUAUCUAUCUAUCUAUCUAUCUAUCUAUCUAUCUAUCUAUCUAUCUCACUCUAUUCAUAUCUCUACCUAUCUAUAUAUCUCGGUCUAUUCGGAUAUAUCUUGGUCUAUUCCUAUCUAUCUCGGUCGAUUCAUAUCUAUCUAUCUAUCUAUCUAUCUAUCUAUCUAUCUAUCUAUGUGCGUGUGUUAUAUCCCAUCAUAGAUAUCUAUCACUUCGCCUCUUACAGACCAUUUUUUAAGCGCCGGGCCAUACAAACUCAAGAUUUUUCCUCCACCUCCCGCCAUAACAAUAGCAGCAGCAGUGACGAUUGCAUUUUCAUCUCUCUCUCUCUUUCUUUCUCUUUCUCUCUCUCGACUGUAUCGCCCUCUUUCAUUUUCCGCCUUUUCUUUUCUUCUUGGGCCAAUUUGUUUCUCUACUUUUCCCACUCUUCUGCCUCUCUAUUCCGUUUCCCUCUUUCCUUCUUCUUCUUCUUCUUCUUCUUCUUCUUCUUCUUCUCUAUCACUAUCUAUCUAUCUAUCUAUCUAUCUAUCUAUCUAUCUAUCUAUCUAUCUAUCUUCUGCCUUUCUCUUCCGUUUCUCUCUUCCACUCUCUUCAUGAUUUUCCUUUUCUAUCUCUUCCACGUUCCUCACUUCCUCUUUAUUUCCUUCAUUCUCUUCCUCUUCCGCCUCUCUUCUUCUUCUUCUUCUUCUUCUUCUGUAUCUCUUUCUACUUCUAACUCUAUUUCUCACUCUCUAUCACUAUCUAUCUAUCUAUCUAUCUAUCUAUCUAUCUUCUGCCUUUCUCUUUCGUUUCUCUCUUCCACUCUCUUCAUAAUUUUCCUUUUCUGUCUUUUCCACGUUCCUCACUUACUCUUUAUUUCCUUCAUUCUCUUCUUCUUCUUCUUCUUCUUCUUCUUCUUCUUCUUCUUCUUCUUCUUCUUCUUCACACUCUCUUUCUUUCCAUCAUUCUUUCUAUUUUUUCUCUUUCAAUUUGUCUCUCCUUUCCCCCUCGCUCCCUCCCUUUAUCCCUCCUCUCCCUCUCUCUUUCUUUAUCUCCCUUUCUCCCUGCUUCUUUCUUUAUCUCUCCCCCCUCUCUCUAUUUAUCUCUCCUCCUUCUCUCUUUAUUUCUCCUUCCCUCUCUCUCUCUCUCUCUCUCUCUCUCUUUUUCUUUUUUUACACUAUUUGUCUCCUGAACAUUCUCUGAACUUAAUUCUCUCUCUCUCUCCCCCUUCUCUCUCUUUUUCUCUCCUUUUUCACUUUCUUACUAACUCACUCACUAACUCCUUCCUUUCUCAUUCUAUCUCAUCCUCACUAUCUUUCCCCUUCUCUUCCAUUCUCUCUCUCUCUCUCUCUCUCUCUCUCUCUCUCUCUCUCUCUCUAUCUAUCUAUCUAUUUAUCUAUCUAUCUAUCUAUCUAUCUAUUUUUCUCAUUUUCUUUGUUUUUCCCUUGCACUUCCUCUUCAUCUCUUUCUCUCUCGCUCACUCUCUCUUCUUAUUUCCUGUCAUCCUUUCAUUCUUUCGUUCUCUUCUCCUCUUUCUCUCUAUUUCCUUUAUUCUCUUCUUCUUUUUCUCUCUCUCUCUCUCUUUCUCGCCUUCUCACUUAUUCCCUCCCUGUCUUUCUCUCUAA